ACUUCUCCACAGUUCUGUUACCCCCACCAGUACGACCACUACGCUUGGAACGACAGCGAGAUUGCUGAAAAAUAAGGACUUCAGAUUUAAUAAAAUUUCUGCCGUCGCAACCAUGCCUCGUGUGCCAUCUGGAGACGCCUCAUUUAUCCAUACGCUCGAUGGUAAUUUUGUCGAUAACGCUGGUCGUACCCUUCUGCUACGCGGCGUGAACCUAUCUGGUUCCUCCAAAGCACCCGUGAACCAACCUUCUCAGGUCCUUGAUGGAUUUUGGGAAGAAGCAAAGAUUGGCAGUGAGAGCUUUAUAGGCCGACCACUAAAGCUGGAUGACGCGGACGAGCACCUCGCCCGCUUGCGGGGUUGGGGUUUCAAUAUGUUGCGCUUUCCUGUAACCUGGGAAUCCCUGGAACACGAAGGACCAGGGAAAUAUGAUUAUGAUUUUAUGGAUUACACAAUAGAGAUACUGCGGAAAUGCAAGGCGCAUGGAUUCAAAGUUUAUUUGAAUCCUCACCAAGACAUCUGGUCUCGUUUUUCAGGCGGUUCAGGAGCACCUUAUUGGACACUCGUUGCAUGUGGUUUAAAUCCAGGUGCAUUCAGUGCCACCCAAGCAGCUAUAAUUCAUUGCGAGUACCCCACUCCCGCGUCCCGCGAACCCGCGGAAAUGCCUGCCAUGAUAUGGUCAACAAACUAUGGCAGACUUGUCUCGCAAACCAUGUUCACUCUCUUUUUCGGCGGUUCCACGUUCGCGCCAAAAUGCAUCAUUGACGGGGUCAACAUUCAGGAAUACCUCCAGACGCACUUCGCAAACGCCUUUGCAAAGUUGGCGGAGCGAGUGGCGGAGGCUGGGGAUCUUCUUGAUGAAGUUGUCAUUGGUUGGGACAGCAUGAACGAGCCAGCAGAAGGGCUCAUCUCAUGGGAUGACCUCAAUGCUUAUCCGCAACAACAGGGUUCCACGCUCAAGAAGGGCACCGUUCCAUCCCCAGCGCAGAGCUUCCGUCUCGGUAUGGGUCAGGUGCAGACGCUUGACAACUUCUCUUUUGGCUCCAUGGGUCCAAAGCGCGAUGGUACUGUCACCAUAGACCCCAACGGCGUCAAGGCAUGGUCAGAUCCCUCUACGGAGCCUGGAGGCAUUCACCCACGCUGGGGCUGGAGGCGUGACCCUGGUUGGACGCUCGGCGAAUGCAUAUGGGCUUUGCACAAUGUAUGGGAUGUGCAGAGUGGAUACGUUCUGGAGCCCGACUAUUUCGCACAUGUUCCAGGAACAGAAGAUCCCGUACAUUUUCUACACGCCUUCUUCCUUCCCCACUACGCUCUUUACCUGAAAGCAAUUAGAGCGCACCAUCCACAAGCCAUCGCGUUCGUGCAGCCCCCCGUCUUUGCUCAACCUCCUCCGAUACCUGAGGAGCUGUUGCAGGGCAGGGCAUGCUAUUCGACGCAUUAUUACGAUGGCCUAACGCUCGUUACACGCCACUGGAACUGGUUCAACGCUGAUGCCCUUGGUCUCCUGCGGGGAAAAUAUUCAACGCAGAUACAAGCUCUACGCGUAGGCGAACGCGCCAUACGGAACAGCCUUCAAAGCCAACUCGGGUAUCUGAAGGCGGACGCGACACAACUAGGUGCGCUUCCACCUACCGGCCCAGCGCGAUACCCAACUAUCAUUGGAGAGAUUGGAACACCUUUCGAUAUGGAUGCCAAACGCUCGUAUGGAUACACUGAUGGUGGCAAGUACAAGGGUGACUACUCGCGGCAAGAGCGUGCACUAGAUGCAAGUUUGAAUGCGGCGGAUGGCGAGAACUGCUUGAACUGGACAGUAUGGACGUACUGUCCCGAUAGCUCGCACCCGUGGGGGGAUGGGUGGAAUAUGGAGGAUCUCAGCUUAUGGUGUGGCGAUGACCUGCGCGCAGGAGAAGCGGAAAGGGUUCCAGCCCUCCAGAUAUCAUCCAAAAUGUCAAUGGGUUCAUUAGCGCCGGCACGAGCGUCAACCCUCACAAUAUCAACACUCCCGGCUUAUUCGUCGCCUUACGCCAGUUCUAGUGUUGAAGAAGGCGAACCUGUGCAGUGCGAAGCCGCCUCUCUCCUAUCGUUCCUUACAAACGGCGCUCGUGCCGUGCGCGCUUUUUGUCGCCCAUGGCCAAUAGCGGUCGUUGGUACCCCUUCGAACAUCCAGUUCGACAUCUCCAAAGCCGCCUUCCACCUUACUCUCAAGGUCAACGCAGAAGACAUACCCGUCGACGAUGACGAUGUUCUAGCGACAGGAAUGAAAGGAUUGUGCAAGGAUAGUUCCUUGCCCACUGAAAUUUUCUUGCCUCUCGUUCAUUUCGCCUCGGAUGCUUGCUUGGGCAAAACCCUCGGUUCUAACGCCCGGGGCCAAGUCGAUGAUUCCAUGGAUAUCGGGCAAGAAGGGAGUAGCCGCGGUGCAUCAGGAACGACAACACCUCGCGCGUACACGUCAUCCACGCUCACUCUUCCUGUGAGUUCUCAACCGGCGCUCUCGCCAGUCAUAUUCAAGGAUGACUGGUACGACAUCACUGUCACUCCAUCCGAGGGUCGCGUAGAGCUUCUUGCAUCGGAGCAGAAGCUUCUCUGGUUUUACACUAUACCAACGGAUGAGAAGGAAGACAAGGAGUUAACGAUAGAGGUGCGCCGUUCAUCGGGCGCCAUCAAAGCCAGUGCACUUGGGCUUGGGUAUACCAGUGAGACCAGAGCGAGAGACGGGUGCGCCGGAUGGCUGGAUGAGGCAGGGUUACUUGGCGAAGGGUGGUGCCCUGAUGGAUGUUCGAUUAUGUGAAGUGACAGUUACCUUACCUUAUGCUUUCCUUUCUUCCUCGGGACAACACAUUCUUUGUAGGAAAAAAACAUUAUAUGUAGUAUAACUCUUGACCGCCUCUUAAGCUUGUAAGAUCGAAUUCAUACUAUAUUGGCAGAGAUUAAAUUUGCUCUUGUCAAGUCGUUCAUCGACCCUAUCCAAUCCUAUCA